UUUUAGUGAAUGACGCGAAAGCUUUCUGCAAUGUAAAAUACUAGUCCAACAGAGCAGCUCUUUUAGUUUCAACUUGUAACUGAAAGUUUGGACCUCUCCAGACAUCAGAGAACCACUCGUCGCUUUCAAAUAUGGUAUACUCACAUGUUUAGCUGUAUCUAAAGCGAAUCCGAAUGCCAUUUGAUGAACUCAUCUAAUUACUUAUUCGCUAUUAGUUCAUCAUCAGCCGUGUAUAUCCGAACCCAUUUUUGAGGUUGAAAAACUAUAACCCGUUAGGUGGUUGACGUUGAGCUUGAGUACCGCCCUCUAAUGACUUUGAGCCCACGCCCUAUAAGGAGGUAAAAAAAACAAAAACAAAAAAACUAAGUCAGGGUGACGCACGUGAAUGAGCCAUCAUCUGACGAAUUUGAAACGACCACGACAGGCGGACCUGAGCAUGUCCCUUUGCCCCAUUUGGGCAGCGAACUGUUCCUUAACCAUCUUUCUCGAAUCCUAGAAGUUCCUUCAAGCUUUUCCUUUUCCCGUUGAUUGUUGAACCUAGAACAACGCCGCGACAAGAACGACCUCUAUCUUUCUUCUACGAAUACGCGUUCAUGAUUAAAUAUUGUUCCAGUAUAUCAUUUCAUUUUCAGUCGUUUUUAUUUUCCUUUGUUUACGACAAGGAUCAUCUUCGCCACGCCUUCUUCCUCCUUUUUCCUCCUCUUUGAUUCAUCUCAUAUAUCAGAGAUUGAAGUACUAGACUUCUUCCUCAAGAAGAAAAUAAAAGAUGCAGUCCCACGACGACAUUCUUUGUUGCUCCAUUCCUGUCGAGACGGAGAAGCGUCUCGAAUUGUUGGAAAUCGCGAAGGCGCGUGCCAAGGGUGCCUUCCAGACAAAAGACAUACGUUCCGCGGAAAAGCUUUAUUCUCGCUGCAUUGAGGUCGCAGACAUUCUCGGAACUGCGGGUGUGGAGGGCAAGCAUUUGCUCUAUUCCAACCGAGCGGCGGUUCGAUUGCUAAAAUGCAACUUUCAACUGGCACUAGAUGACUGCGAAGCCUGCAUGGAUCUAGAUGCGGCAUUCAUCAAAGCCCACUUCCGUACUUCACGUUCACAGCUAGUUAAAACAUGAACUGAAGAGUUUCUUGCUGAAUUUCUUUAUAUUUAUGAUGACGAAAUAUCUACUGACUUCUUGUACGUAGUUUUCCAUACAUUUCCGAACGUAUAGAUAUGUUAUCAUGGUCGUCGACGUCGUCGUUUCAGGAUAAAAGGAAGGUUCUUCUGUUGCCAAUAUUUUCUAACUACCACGUUGACCUUCGCAUUUUUUUGUAUUUGUUGAAUACAAUUAAUUUUACUACGUCUAGCGAUUCUUCAUUCUGAAUAAUACACUUGCUAAAAAUAGCCAAAUGUGUUUUUUUUUACUAUUAACUUCAGGCAAAUGCCAAGCACUUAACGGUCUUGAGCGAUUUGAGGAUGCUGUUGCAGCAGCAAAAACAGCGCUCGAAUUGCACGUGGGUAACAAAGAGCUAACAGAAAUCCUUGCAACCGCAGAAACGAAGCUGCAGGAAGCAAAAGACAAGCCCAAAAAAGUCGAAAAUCCAGACGACUAUAGACCCAAAAGGAUAGAGCCAAUUGCAGCUAGCGGAGCAGCGAAUGGAGGUGGUGGUAUAAAAACUUAUAGUUUAUAAAUCUCUCACUUUUUCUAUAAUGUUCUGGUCGCUGCCUUUCAAUAAAGAACUGUACAAGAAGAUCCACUGUUGAAAAAUAUAAUUCUGGAAUACAGUCUUAGACUAAGUCCGUGUUGAACGAAAAGAUGAACUACAUCUACAACAGCUGAAGAAGAGACGAGCUCGCCUUCGAAGAAGAAGUGCCCUAGUGAGGAAAAUGCCAUGCGAGGUUACAAGAAGACGGCCGAUGGCAAAACCACGUCUUAUUUCCAUACGGAGCUGUCAGCUGAAGCGAAGGCCCUUAUCGGCGAUUGUAGACCUCAAAAGUUAGAGGGUUCCAGUUCCACGACGUCAACGGCUGGUGGAGCGGGGAGCGCAUGGAACCAAGCUGGUACUUUCAUUUCUUUGAUUUGAAUAUCAUCUUCUCGAUUGUGAUUGAUUAGUUGGUAAAAAUGCACGAAAGGGAAAGAUAAUAUUUUUACGAAAACUAAUCAUCUUCGCCGCAAAUUAGUAUUAGACCUCCACCUCUUGUUCAUCAUCAUGUUAAGCAAUAACCAAAAACCAAAAGGUACUUUCGAGGAACGGAAUUUCACUACUUGGUUCUCUGAAGCGGUUAAAAAGGACGUGAAGGGCAAAUUUACGAUAAAAUGUAAAAAGACCCCAAGUGAUGAGUCCGUUUUGUCUUUCAGCGUGACCAACGUGAGCGGAAAUGCGCAGAUCACGAGCUCCCGUGGCAAGCUUCGGCACUUGGUAGAUUGUACCAUCGAACUAAAAUGGAAGUUUCCGGUUCCCUCUACUACAGCUGGUGCGUCCUCCGCCACUGAAGAAGGUGAACCUCCUGCAUCUACGACUCUUGAGACUACGAAGUACUGUCGGGGCACGAUGAAGCUGGAGAGCGACGGCGCAGGCGAGUACGAUAUCAACACGACAGCAGGCGAAAACCAACAUUUAGCGAAAUCUCUUGUGAACCAACACAUCCUCCAAGGUGAUCGCACACUCCAAGACCAGGUAGUCGCAAAAAUUCGAGCGGUCGAAGCAGAAUUCAGGAAGCAGAAUCCGUUUGCGAGGUGAGGGUGACCAGGACCAUAUAGAUGUAGGCCAUCAUAAAGCUGACCAGCAUGGUCGUGUGGUGAUGUAGGCCAUCAUAAAGCUGAGCAACAUCGUGUGUGGAUGUGCGAUGCAGUAAAUCAUCGAAUUUCAAUAUCGAGACUCAAGAGAAUGCCGGAUUUUUUGAGAUGAUCGCGGGGAGAAAUGUAGUAUUGGACAUGGAAGACUUUCAAAUGAACCAAGGGGCUGUAGCGGUCAAGGUAAUCCGAGUAGUUACGAGAUGAAUAAGACGAUUUUUCUAAAUCUUUGCCAGACUCUAUGACCUGAUGCAGGAGUGAGGUGGAGCAACUACGGCGGAUGCAGACGAAUGCGAUGAAGAAAAAAAUGAAGAUACAAUAGCACAGCACCGCCAUCCUUACAGCCGCUGUAAUGACUUGAUCCUUAGUUUUUUAUUACUUAUAGAUACUCCUUACGCCUUGGCAUUCAAUUUUUUCGACAUCAUUUCUAUUGACGCGGGACGCUAACUCUGACUCCUUCAAUCAUUCUCACACUUACGUUCCGCUUAGGAGCGUAAUGUGUAUCUCAAUCUAGACCAACAAAUCCUGUUGGUGUAACUACACCAGCCCCCUCCAAUAGUGUACGUCGCAAAAAGCUGCUGCAUGAUGCCCCUCGUUGUUCACGUGGUGCCAAAGCUUCAACACCGAUUUUUGCAACGGCGAGAACGAAUAAUCCACCAAGAACAAAUGUGUCUCCAUCAUAUUCAAGCUGUCGUGGUCAGUGUCAGUCUGUCUGUGCGAAU